CGUUGUCGCCGUCGUCGCCGUCGUCGUCGUCGUCGUCGUCGUCAUCGUCGACGUCGUCUUUGCCGCGCGUGUGCAUGUGUAAGGUGUGCGGUGGUACGCGCGCAUGAUCGUGUUGUACCUGACCUGCGUGCGGCGGUGAUACCUCCUGAUCCAGCUUCUACGUGCCCGACACCCUGGACCGAUCGCGAUGACUACGAGGGAGCUCUACGUUAAGGAUGGCCGAGUAUGGGUGCCGCAUCCGGAGAAGGUAUGGGAGGGCGCCGUGCUCCUGGAGAACUACAAGCAGAAUCAGCGGACGUUGAAGGUGCACACAGAGGAGUCGAAUCAGACGAGGACAUUGGAAAUCAGAUCGGACGCCGAUCUUCCGCCGCUUCGAAACCCCGAUAUCCUGAUAGGAGAAAACAAUCUCACGUCGCUGUCGUUUCUUCACGAGCCCGCCGUCCUCUACAAUCUCCAGGUCCGCUUUCAACGGCAUUCCAUUUACACCUACUGUGGCAUUGUCCUGGUAGCCUUCAACCCGUACAACGAAUUACCCAUCUACGGCAAUGACACGAUAUGGGCCUACAGGGGACAGGCGAUGGGCGACCUGGAACCCCACAUAUUCGCCGUGGCCGAGGAGGCCUAUACGAAAUUGGAGAGGGAGAACCAUGAUCAGUCGAUUAUUGUCUCCGGCGAAUCGGGCGCCGGCAAAACCGUCUCCGCGAAGUAUACCAUGCGGUAUUUCGCGACCGUUGGCGGAUCGGCGACGGAGACGCAGGUCGAAAAGAAGGUUCUCGCCUCUUCGCCCAUCAUGGAGGCGAUCGGAAACGCGAAGACUACCAGGAACGACAAUUCCUCCAGAUUCGGCAAGUUCAUCGAGAUCCAGUUCAACAAGAAUUAUCAUAUCACCGGUGCGAGCAUGAGGACCUACCUGUUGGAAAAGUCACGGGUGGUAUUUCAGGCGAACGAGGAACGAAACUAUCAUAUCUUCUAUCAGAUGUGCUCGGCGGCGAGGCGUCUUCCCCAUUUGCACCUGUCCGACCAGAAUCAGUUCCACUAUCUCAAUCAGGGCAACAACCCCAGGAUCGACGGCGUGGAUGAUCUCGCGUACUUCGACGAAACGAUCAGUGCGCUGACGAUGCUCGGCUUCACGUCCAAGCAGCAGGACGACAUGCUGCGCAUACUGGCGGCCAUAUUACACCUAGGUAACGUAGAUAUAAGCAGCCGCGUGAUCAAGGACGCAAAGGAUGGCGAGGUGGACACCGAGUCCUGUCACAUCUCGUCGUCGGACCGGCAUCUACUCAUCCUUUCCGAGCUGCUGGGUGUCGACGUGAACGGGAUGCGCAAGUGGCUGUGCCAUCGAAAGAUCGUCUCGACGCGAGAGGUCUUCCUGAAGCCUAUGACCGUGGAUCAGGCAAUCGGCGCGCGAGAUGCACUGGCUAAGCACAUCUACGCCGAGCUGUUUAAUUGGAUCGUGACGGGUAUCAACAGCUCGCUGCAGUCACCCGGUCCAGUGUAUCGCUUUAUCGGCGUACUAGACAUCUACGGCUUCGAGACGUUUGAUAUAAACUCAUUCGAGCAGUUCUGUAUCAACUACGCGAACGAGAAGCUCCAGCAGCAAUUCAAUCAGCACGUCUUCAAACUGGAGCAAGAGGAAUAUCUGAAGGAGGACAUCGAGUGGACCUUCAUCGAUUUCUAUGACAAUCAACCGUGCAUCGACCUGAUCGAGACCAGACUCGGCAUUCUGGAUCUCCUCGACGAAGAGUGCCGCAUGCCGAAGGGUUCGGACGCUUCCUGGGCGGAGAAACUCUAUGCCAAGUGCAUAAAGUCUAAGCACUUUGAAAAGCCGCGAUUCGGCACGUCGGCCUUCCUGAUCCACCACUUCGCCGAUCUCGUGCAGUACGAGACCGUGGGUUUCCUGGAGAAGAAUCGCGACACCGUGAUCGAGGAGCAGAUAGACGUGCUGAGAAGUGGCGAGAAUAAGCUGCUGAGAAAGUUGUUCCGCGAGGAGGAUCCCAAGCUGGCGGUGCCGCACGCGAGGGUGAAGGUGUCCGCCCAGAAGAGCGCGCCGAUGAACACGAGCAACAAGCAGAACAAGAAGACAGUCGGCUCGCAGUUCCGCGACUCCCUCAACAUGCUGAUGGCCACGCUGAACGCCACCACGCCGCACUACGUGCGCUGCAUCAAGCCGAACGACGCGAAGGAAGCCUUCGAGUACAGUCCGGUGCGAGCGGUGCAGCAGCUACGCGCCUGCGGCGUCCUGGAGACCAUCAGGAUCUCCGCCGCGGGCUUCCCGAGCCAGCGUACGUACGGCGACUUCUUCCAGAGGUACCGCUGCCUCUGCAGGUUCAAGGAGAUACGGCGGGAUGAUCUGAAGGAGACCUGCCGGCGCAUCCUCGCCAGGUACAUCAACGACGAGGACAAGUUCAAGUUCGGCAAGACGAAGGUGCUCUUCAGGGCCGGCCAGGUGGCGUAUCUGGAGAAGCUACGGGCUGAGAGGCAACGUGAUGCCUGCGUCAUGAUCCAGAAGACCGCGCGUGGUUUGAUACACUAUAACAGGUACAAGAAGAUUCGCAGGUCGAUCCUCGGCCUUCAGAGGUAUGGCAGGGGUUACAUUGCUCGGCAGAAGGCGGAGGCUAUUAGAAGGGAAAGGGCAGCGGUAAAGAUCCAGGCGCGAGUGAAGGGCUGGCUGCAAAGACGGUGGUACCUGCAGAUGAAACGCACGAUUCUCGGUUUGCAGACGCGCGGCAGGGGCAACAUGGCUCGCGUUAGGUACAGAAUAAUGAAGGACAACGCCGCCGCGACGGUGAUCCAGAGAUUCGCUCGUGGAUAUCUUGUGAGAAUGGCGUGCAAGAAGAAACUCAGAGAUAUAAUCAUCGUGCAAUCGUGCAUCAGAAAGCGACAAGCGAAGAAGGUCUUCAGGCGGUUGAAGGCCGAGGCCAGAAGCGUGGAGCACGUCAAGUCGCUCAACAAAGGGCUGGAGAUGAAGAUCAUUACGUUGCAGCAAAAGAUAAACGAAUUGGCGAAAGAGAAUCAGCACUUGAAGAACGUACAAAAUGAAAUGAUAGACUUGAAGUGCAAGCUGGAUGGUUUGAAAUCCGUCGACAUUGAGAAUAAGAAAUUGAACGGAGUGGUGCAGAGUAAAGAAAGGGAGCUUAAAAUGAUGGAAGAAAUUCUGCAGCGAGAGAAAGACGAGAAGAUGGAUAUAUUGCACGAUAAAGAGAGAGCUGCUUUACAGAAAGACGAGGAAAAUAAAAAAUUGCAGAAGGAGAACGAGAGAUUGCGUAAGGAACUUUCGAUAGCGACUGAGAAGCUGAAGAGCAACCAGCGCGGUGCCGAGGAAAAUUUGAAAUAUCGACUCGAGCAGGAAAAAGAUUUGCUCCGAUUGGAACAGGAUCAGGAUCGCGGGGCCUAUCAAAGAUUGCUCAAGGAUUAUCACGAGUUGGAACAGCAUGCGGAAAUUCUGGAACAAAAAUUGGCGUCGCAAGGAAUACUUGGACAUUCGCGUUCUUUGAGCAAUGCUUCCAGCGGCAGUGGCCAGAUUACAUCGACGGAGAAUCCGCAAGAUGAUCAGAACGAUUUUGGUUAUGGUUCCGUGAGAUCCACGGCUUCCUCAUCGACCCUCUACUCGCGAGUGGAAACGAUCGACUGGAAUCAGCAACGAUCGGACAGUCCACCCGACGGAGAAGUUCAAGCGAGCAAAUCGCCUUCGGAGGUUCCCGCGCCCUCACACGCUCCCGUGGACAUUGGUCUCGUUCUAAAGCUGCAACAAAAGCUGAAGGAUGUCGAGAAAGAAAAAGGUAGACUGGUCAGAAUGGUCGAAGAUCUGGAACGCGAUAGUAAUGAGGAGUCCAUCAGAACGCAGGAUUCGUUCAGACUCCAAGAACUGGAAAUGGAGAACGCGCAACUUAAAAAGGACUUGAACUCACUGAGGAAAACCGUGUCGUCAGCCAGUCCGUCGUCCGCGCAGCAAAAUCUCAUGAUACAAUUUGAGGCGCUACAAGAGGAAUUGGAGAGGAGAAGAGAAGAGUGUAUUCAAUUGCAUAGCGUGCUGGCUGAUCAUACACGCAGAAUGAAGAGCUUAGGUUCUAAUUAUGGUCGUGAUGUGGACAUCAUAAACGAGGACGGCGAGCUGGUACUUGCCUUCGAGGCGCAGAAGAAAAUUAACAGUAAACUUAAGACAAAGGCACCGAGAGGAGAACAACUGGAGGACGAGCUGCAGGCGAAGGAGAGAAACUGGCGGUCACAAAGGGACGAGUGGCGAAAUGAGAUAGACAGGCUGCAAGAAGAAAUCGAAAAGCAGCAGAAGUUGCUCUCCAUUAAUUUAAGUAAAUCGCCGCAAACCCAAGCAGAGCUUUACAUGCAGUACGAGGUUGCCAGAUUGACAUCCGAAAAUCUGGAACUUCAAGAAAAAUAUGAUAAAAUGGCGGAGGAAUGCAGACGCUUUAAGAAACAAUGCAGAAUCCUGGCGAAGCGACUCAAGGAUGCUGGCUACGAAGGAGAGGAACGUCCUUAUAUGCUGAAAAGUGCCGUGCCUAAUGCGGUGGAAUAUGCAAAUGGUUGCGCCGCCGUUUCCGACACUCACAGAGAAGGAAGUAACAUGCCUAUUAUUCGCAAAAAAGAAAGAGACUAUGAAGGAAUGUUCGAAUUCAGAAAAGAGGAUAUUAAUGUAAUCAUACGCCAUCUGGUCAUUGAGCUAAGGCCCCGAAUAGCGGUGACGCUGCUGCCGGGCCUACCGGCCUACAUCCUCUUUAUGUGCAUCAGACACACCGACUGCAUCAACGAUGACGAUAAAGUACGGUCGCUGUUAACCGAGUAUCUGAAUGCCGUUAAACGUGUGCUGAAGAAACGAGAUGACUUCGACUCGAGGGUGCUUUGGCUAAGCAACACCCUGCGUUUGUUACACAACAUGAAGCAAUACUCCGGUGACAAGCCAUUCCAGAUCGAGAACACACCUAGGCAGAACGAACAGUGUCUGAGAAACUUCGACCUGAGCGAGUACCGUGUCGUGCUGAGCAACGUGGCCCUCUGGAUCUUCAACAAUCUCAUUACGAAUCUCAAGGAGAGGAUUCAAGCGCUAACGGUGCCAGCCUUGCUGGAACACGAGGCGAUAUCCGUUCCGACCGACAAGACCGGGCGACCCAGGUCGUCGUCCAUGGGCGGGGAGCCGGAUUCCACGCAGCAAAAAUUGGACAAGCUUCUGGGCGAGUUGACCUCGGUGCACAAGACGCUGCAGUAUCACGGCGUGGAUCCCGAGGUCAUCAUGCAGCUGUUUAAGCAAUUGUUUUAUUUCAUGUGCGCCAGUGCCCUGAACAACCUGUUGCUGAGGAGCGAAUUGUGUCGAUGGACGAAGGGUAUGCAGAUAAGGUAUAACAUGAGCCAUUUGGAGCAGUGGGGCAGAGAUCGACGAUUAGAAGCCGCGUCGGAAGCAUUACAACCUAUCAUACAGGCAUCGCAGCUUCUGCAGGCUCGCAAGACGGACGAAGACGUUAAUUCCGUCUGCGAGAUGUGCAAUAAACUGACGGCUAAUCAAAUAGUGAAAAUUCUAAAUUUGUAUACGCCUGUCGACGACUAUGAGAGCCGAGUUCCUUUCUCAUUUAUCAAAAAGGUACAGGACAAACUGAAGGAACGCGGCGAGAACAACGAACAACUGUUAAUGGAUUUAAAGUAUUCCUAUCCCGUAAGAUUCUCAUUUAAUCCAUCGGACAUUCGACUCGAAGAUAUCGAGGUACCCGAGGUGCUUCAUUUACCUAUGCUCAAGAAGGUGUAACGCAAACCAGUCACGAUCCUGGUCAAGAUCCCCGCUCUAUCGUACUGUGUGUCCUUAGUUGAAAACGUUAUAUGCGAAUAACUGAAGCUCGCUUAGUCCACUUGUUCGUACGGAAAUUAUAGCGAUACCGAUAAUCCGGGCUACGUUUAGACGUAGACGCAUCGAGAACCAACUCAUCGAUACCAUGUUUUAUAUGUUUCUUUUUUACUCGGGUAAUUUCUAGAUUUUACGAUAUGUCAUCAACGUUCCGAAUCGCAUUUUCGCGUUCGAGGUCAAUUCUGUUACGUAGAUAGACGAUCGAGUCUCGAUAAGUGAAAAAGAACGAUAUUUUUUCGUUACUGUUACAUUGUACAGCGUUGUGCGUUGAAGUGUAAAGCACGAGUACGAAAUUCCUACAAGAACUUGAAACUUUUUUAUUAAUCAAUUUUAUUUGCAUUUUGUAACAAAUAAAUAUAGAUUCAAAGACAUAAGUCCUAUGUGAAUUUGUCGUUCCUUAAAGUACAACGAAAUGUUUAUCUCGUACUCAGAUUUCUUCCAAAUAGAAAUUGGAAAUUUCUGAAAAUAUAAAUCAAUUAAAUUCGGGAAUUAUGUACAUAGCACGAAUAAAAUUUCCAUAGUAUUAAAAAAAUAAUAAUUUAAUAUAUGAGAAUAAUGGAGGAUAAUAAUUGUAUGUACAAUAUCCAGUUUUCAUCUGUACAAUAAAAUGUUUUUUUUUGUACUCGAUCCUUGUGAGAAUUUCGUACACUUGAUAAAGUUGAAAACUUGUUGAAGAUGUAAUUAAUGUGUAAAAAAAGUGCAAGAGAGAGAGAAGAUAUAUGAUAUAUUAUGUUGGAAUAGAUUGUAUAUUUUGUGAUACGAGAGAAAAAGAAGAGAGUUAUUAUAAAAUUGGGUCCAAUAUCGGACUGAUAUAUGAAUGAAAAGAAAAAUACGAAGGCGACCGAAAGAAACCGGAGUAUAUAAUUGUUGUUAUAUUCUAAUUUAUAUAUAUAUAUAUAUAUAUAUAUAUAUAUAUAUAUAUAUGUAUUAUACAUAUAUGCAAUUGUAUUUUGUGCCAUUUUAUAAGUAGAUCGUAACAAUCCGUUUGUUAUUUCGUUCGGUCUGCCGUUGGUUUCACACAUCACAAACUCAUUCCACAAGAUGAUAGCUGAAAAGAAAAAGAUAUCCCUCGAAAUGUCAUAUAAACGGAAUAUAUUUACACAACUAACCUUGGCUCGAUGUGACAUAUUUAUUUGUUCCUACAGUCAAAAUAAAGUCGAGGUGUUGGAUAGCUCAGUGUUAAAGCAAUCGCUUGUUCAAUUCGCUGAAAAUCCGGGUUCGAUUCCCGGUCCUCUCACCUCAUAUGUAUGUAUAAGAAAAAAUUUUAACAAAAAAUACUAUCUCACUGUGAUGAAAUGAAUACCCACAAUUAAGUAUGAGCUUAUAAGCAAUAUAAAUCUUGAUAUUU